UUGAAAGUGGUGGGAAUCAGUUGUCCAGUGAAUCUCUGCAAAAGUAGCUAGAUGACUAGGCAAUGAAAAGAGCGGUGGUGGGCUUGUGGUUUUGUCCCAUGAUGCUCAGAGAAGUUAAAACAGCCUCAACUUGCUACUGUUAACACGGUGAGAAAUGCUGACGAUGAAAGCUGACAAGGGAAUUCUCUUUUUUGCCCUGUGGCUUAUAAGUGUCUCUUCAAAUGGUGAAGAAGUCUGUAAGAAACAUGAAGUCACAGCUCUACUUGGCUCUUCUGCGCUCUUAUCAUGCAACUUUUCAUCAAAUGACGACAAAUUGGUCACAUGGACUCAACGGGAUCAGGGAGAUGAACAAGAUUUGAACCUGGUCCAACUCUGGCCAAAUGGGCGCAUUAAGUUUCUGGACCCCAGAGACGGCCGUGUGAAAAUAUUUCCUAUUCAGGUCUUAGGGGGCAACUACUCCAUCCUCAUUGAUGGGCUCCAACUCUCUGAUAUGGGCUCUUACAACUGCAGGGGAGGCAAUGAAUGCUAUGAAGUGAAGCUGUCUGAAGACAAAGGUGAGCUGUUCUCUGAAGACUCUUGUGGUAAAGAUUUUUGCGAGACAUACGAAGUCCCAGCAACACUCGGCUCUUCUGUGCGCUUACCGUGCUCCCUUCACACGACUGCCUUUAAUUGGGUCACCUGGGGUCGCAUCAAUGAGGGGGAAGUGGUCCGUCUUUCCUCUGACAGACGUGUUCAGUUUCUAGACCCCAGAUCUGGUCGAGUCAAAGCCUUUCCAAACCAAGUCUUGUUGGGGAACUACUCUAUUGUCAUCGAUGAGCUAAAGCUCUUUGAUCUGGGGUCGUACUGCUGCAAGCAGGGGAGUAACUGUUUUCGAGUGGAGUUGCUUGAAGACAAACGUACACUGAGCCCAGCGACGCAGCUGCUGAUCUUCAUGUGUGCUGGUUUUGCUGCCUUAAUGCUCCUCAGCCUUUUCGGCUACCUCUGCUGGUUGAAAUGCACAUGCUUUGAAAACAAAAGUAGGCCCAAUGGUGCAAUCAUUACUGUUAGUGAAAGAAUUGAAGGUCCUAGUGCUCCACCACAGGAAGUAGACGGAGUAAAUGGACCUCAGAUAGGUCUCAACUAUGGUCUUGUUUAUGAAAAUGAUGACCAGUACGUAAACCCCAUCGGAAAUCCUGGUGGCCAACCAGGAGUUCAGCAGCAUCAGGAUGGGAAUCAGCCAUAUCACAGUGGGAUUGGAAUUUAUCCAAACCUUGAAGAAUUCAAGUUUGAAAGAGCGGAGAGUCAAAGGACAAAGCAGAGAUUUCACAUAGAGCUCAUGAACAGGCUACGGCAAGCCAGUUUCAAUCGGCAUUUCUAUGCGAACCAGGGGGAGAUCCGUAAGCAGCAAGCCAAGGCAGCACAGACAGAGAGAAAAAGAGCUGGUGUGGGCAGAAGGAAAGCCAACGACUCGUGUGAAUACAAAAACCCCAUUUACAACAGGAGCACGGACCAUCUCGACCGACUCUAGAAGACUCACGGGUCUAAACACCGUUUCACAUUGACAGGCUUUGCCUGAUGAUGCUGUUUUUAUGCCUGACUACAUUGUAUUUUUCUGUGUAUUUUACAUUUAUGAAAGCU